AGGUCUCCUGCAUUAUUGCUUUACUUGCUCCUGUGGCAUUGAUAUCUAUCUCCUGUUCGUGUUCGUUAGAUGAACAAAUACUUAAUGUUAAUUCAGAAAAAGCGUAGACGUGGACAAGCACAAGCUUAAUCGGAAGAUCGGCUCCUUCGGUUCUAGCGCCUGGUUGUGCUACUCGCGGCAAUCGUGAUUAUGUUGUAGCGUUUAGUCUCAAAUAAAGUUGUAUCUUGCAAAAAGAUGCAGAACAAUCCGAACAGUCCUAAGGUAUUUCCGAACUACGCAGGGCAGCAGGCGGCCCCGUAUGCGGGUCCACAAUCGCAAUCCUUCUCCUCGUCCGCAUCCUCCACCAUGGUGGUGGGAGCGCCGAUGCUGGCCACAGGCCCCUCGAUGCCGUCUGCCUACCCCCAGCCCGUCAUGAUGAUGGUGCAACCGGGCGCGUCCCCAACCAGCCCGAACGCGCAGGGUUUGCCUCUCACCUGGGAUCGGCCGAGAAUCUGCGCGGAGUGCUCGAUGGACUGUUGGCUAAGUUGCGCAUGCCCGUGUUUGGUAGUAGACCAGAUAUCGCUAGAUAUGAAACUCGUGGGGGCCAAAUUUCACACUUACGCAAUAGGUGUCUGCGUCUUUGUCAGGUAUUCACUUUUACCUUUUGUGCUGGUAGACGAGGUUGACGACACUGCGAGUCUGUCUCUUGACGGACCCGGUGUAAGGAAGGAGAGUAUCAAAAUGAAAUAACAUCAAAAUCACAACUCACCACAGGUGGAUUGCGGACACAAUUCGCGCUCUGGAGGGAUUUUUCUACAGCAGCGCCGCACUCUAUGACAUCACGGUGCUCGCGACAAUACUGGUAUCCGCGGUGUGCGGGAUUUUUCUGAUGCGGUGGAAGAGUUCGGUCGGGAGUUUUACCGGCAUCGGAUCCGGCGAGGUUCUUGAGGAUUUUAUCUGCAUGUGGUGCUGCCCCUGCCACCACAUCCCUGCCGUGCAGCGCACCGUGGCCAAUUGGAGAAUACGGGGCCAAAGCGUGCAACCAGCACAGAUGGUCAUGAUGUCGCCCAUGCACGGAGGUGGCGGCGCACCUUCGCAGAACGUGAAUUUUGGUGCCAUGAAUCUCUCGAUGACCAGUUCUGCGCAGUUUGGCGCACCUGGCAGCAUCUCGCAGAGCUACGCCGUGCCAGCAGGAGGUGUAGGUGGCGCAGCAGCUGCGCAGACGGUAACAACCACCGAAGUGCGACCCUUUGCGGAAGAUACCGGUGCGGCAUUGGCAGGGGGACCGCCACAGCUGCAGCUACCAGCCCCAGGCGUACAAAACGAAUCUCAAACUACUGCACUGGCUACUACUGCUCCAGGGAUCAACUCCUCUUCGAUUGUGACAAGCACGUAAUAAUUGGUAGCAGCUCCGCGGUACUAGCAGAGUCAGGUGUUGAGCCUCGCCCGCGUCUCUGUAAAAAAUAGAAAUACC